CAUAACUGUGAUGGCACAUCGAGGUUGAGGAUUUUCUCUGUAAUUUCCGUCCGUCCUUUCUUUGUCCUUCUCGUAAUACCAUAGUAUAUAUACACAAUGUUAUUUGAGACAACUUGGUUUCAGAGAAGCUUCCGAGAAAGGAAAAAAAAAAAGAAUUUGGUUUCGGUGGACCAACGAAUUUAAUAGUCAAAUCAUGUUCAGCUUUGUGUUUCUCUUCUUCUCUAUUUUCAACUCUUUCUGUGUUCUCUCUUGAUCUUCUUGCACUUAAAGAAUCAUCAGCAUCGGAUUGAAGGAGGGAAUUCGAGGAGAGUAAAGCUUCAACAUGUUGCAGGAGCAUUCUGUAACACCUGCAGCUGUGGAUCAUGAGACAACCUGCUGGGGCUGUGGAUUGCGGCUUGUUCUUUCACCUUAUGCACCCAUUUUCAAGUGUGGGUGGUGUGGAGCUAUUACUAACCAAAAUGCACGGACACGUGAUAAGAAGUACUUUUGUUGGAGGCGUUGGCGAGACUGGUGCUUUGUAUCUGUCCUCCUUACAUUUAUACUCUUCGUGAUAUGUGGCGGGGUGUGGGCGGUUUAUCCUGUUGUCUUUUCUAUCAGUUUAUCCUGUGGGAUUUUUCACUGCAUUAUAACGACGAUACUGUCUGUAACUACUGUUUCUGCAUUUAGCCUUGCUGCAUAUCGCUGUGCUGGUGCACCACCUAGCAUACUUUGGGGUAGCUACCCAGCAGUUGGAAAAGGUGGCCUUGAGAACUACACAUUCUGUCAGCUCUGUUCAAAGCCAAAGUCACCUAGGACUCAUCACUGCCGUUCAUGUGGAAUGUGUAUAUUGGACAUGGAUCAUCAUUGCCCAUUUAUUGGGAACUGUGUUGGUGCAGCAAAUCACCGGAGCUUCAUUGUCUUCCUCAUCUCAGCAGUGAUUAGCACACUUUAUGUUUCUGUCAUGUCCACAUUUGCAGGACUCCGAAUCUGGCCGCCAGUAAAAUACGGACCUAUUGUUCUUUCUCAUGCGUUCAACAGUGAUACCGCUUUCAGGACUAUGAAGGAAAUUGUAUAUGCUUUUAUGAGGUCCACUGAGUUUCUAUCCACGAGAGGGCUCAUUCUUGUUUACCUGUUUGUUUCUGGUGUUUCAGUGGGGGUCGGGAUAAGUGUGCUUGUGUGGCAGCAGCUCUGUUAUAUAUACGAGGGGAAGACUUACUUAGAUCAUUUAAGUUUGCAGGGGAGUAGUAAUGGGAUUGGGCAAUCAGAUUUUCGAAAUAUUUCCCGUUUCUUCGGUUUCUCGUAUUCUGCAUCCAGAUAUUUGCCGAUUUCUUUUAAUCCUAGGAAGAACCAUGAGAAAAGAAACUUGUAGGGGUAUGAUGACCUCACUCUCUCUCUUUUUUUUUUUUUCUUUCUUUUUUUUUGUCAUUUUUUUUUUUUUUGGGGGAAAGUUUCAUGAAGUCUUGGGUUUAUCUAAAUCAUGUUGUCAUAGUAGUUGCAGUUGCAGUUGCAGUUAUAGAAUGUAAAUUAAACAAAAAUUUUAUUAAUAUACUUUUUUGUCCAUUCUUCUUUA